AUGAAAAGUGCUUUAACAUUUGUAAUAAUUAUCACUAUUGAUAUAGCUAAACAAAUUGAAUUACUCAAAAAGACAAAUACAUAACUUUUCGGAAAUUUAAGAUGGCAUUGUGUUUGCUUAAUUAAUAGAAGACUAGUAUAUAUACUGUGCAAGAUUUUUAGUUUAGGAUUCGAUGUUCGAAGAUUAUUAUGGAACCAAAUCAUAAAUAAUAUCUAAUUAGCUAGAAAAAAAUGCAAACUAGAAAUUAGAAACUUUGAUGAUGAUUUAGCACUUUCUGAUUAUAAUUUAGAAUAGGCAAAAUUCAUACAGUAUUUUAUUGAUACCCUGCUGAGAGUAAACUCUAAAGAAGUAGUUGAAAUGAUGUAAGAAUUGUUGCCUCAAUAAUAAUAAGAAAUUAUGGGGUUUUUAGAAAAUUAAUUUGAUGACUUUGGAAGUUUUCAAGAUUGUGGAUAUUUUGAACAUUAGACAACAAAUACAAUUAUUUCUUUGGAAGAAAAUCUAAAUACAAAAGAUAAUAUUAUUGCCCAGCAAAAUAAAUAAAUUGAAUUAAUGAAAACAGAAUAUCAAAAUAAAAUAUCUGAUUAACAAAAUAAAAUUACAGAAAUACAUGAAUUAUAUGAAUAAUUAUAUGAUUAGGAAACAUUCUGUUUAUAAAAACUUAAUUGUUGUGAUUUUGAAGAAGUAUUCAAUAAAUUUUAAGAAUAUUUAAAAGAAAUAGAAAAUAGCAGAUAAAUAAUAGAAGAUUUGAAUUAACUUGUAUAAAAUCAAUAAAAGGAGAUAGCUAAAGUUCAAUAAAAGAACUAAACUCUGAAAUCAUAGUUAUUGUCUUGUCCUCCAACCGCAAGAUCAAUAGAACCAGAAUAAUAAUAGAUUAUAGUUAAAGAUCCAAAAGAAUAAAGAAUGAUAGAAAACUUGAAAUCUUAAAUUCAAGGAAUAAAAGAAGAGCAUUAAAGAAUCUUAGGAUUGAAACAAACAUACUUUGAUUCAGAAUUAACAAAAUUAAGAAGAAAACUUUAUGAAGCAGAAUAGGAAGCAGCAUCUUUUAAAAAGAAGAUGGAGAGAUUUAAAUUUGAAUUAGAAGAAUAUUAAAACAUGAAUUAAUAUGAAAAGAAAUUACCAUUUGAAAGUUUAAGACAUCAAGGAGUUUAUUCAUCUAAUAAUAGUUAUAUAGUUGAAAUUGAUUAAAGAUUUGGACAAUCUCCAAAAUCUACAUGUCUUGAUUUUUUCUAAUCUUAAAAUAAAUCUGAGAUAGAUCAUGCUUUAUCACAUAAUAAUUAAUCAUUAAAAUAUACAGAUGAAACUAAUGUGACUAAAUUACAAUUAUAAUUAACUGAAAAAUCAAAUAAGAUAAUGUAAUUAGAAAGAUAAUUAAAUUCUUAUUAAUAAAGUUCACAUUCAAGGAGGAAUUCAAUGACAAAGUUUAAUUAAUCUUAAUAGGAUCGACAUUUUGAAUAAUCGGCAAUAUUUGAAGUAUUUUUAUCUUAUAUAAUAGAAUUUAAGAUUCUAUGUGCAAUAUUCAUAAUAAAAAGAUUAGGAAAUAAAUUUAAUAAGAGAAUAAUAAAAUUAAAAUUUUAUAGAUUUGUGCAAAUAAAUAAUCAAAUAAAAUGAAUAAAUCCAAAAACUAAAUUCCUUAAUCCUGAAUAAUAAAUCAGCAGAUUCAAUGUAAGAAAUUAAAGAAAAACAUGAAAAUGAUUUGUAAGCCUUAAAUCAAUAUUAUGUUGAUGCUUUAAAUAAUAAAGAUGAGUUGCUUCAUUUAAUAAUUUCUCUAUUUUAUGAUGCAGUUAGUUGA